AUGGAACCUUUUCAAGUGACCGCGCCCAUUUUAAAACUCUUUUUUCGUCUUCAGAAGUAUAUUAAAGAGUCUUCUGUAGAAUCUCUCUGUAUUACUAAUAGUACUAUUGAAUUUCUUGAUAGGCAAAGAGACCAGAUUCCUAUUAAUUUAGCACCAAAAAUUAAUGAUGAUUUGUUAGAAACUCGUAUGCCUCUCUUUAUUGAAGAUCUUUACCGAAUCGGUGACCCUGCGAAAGAACUCUGUAAGGUUGAAG